AUGAGGGUUCUUCAAGAACUCCCACAGGAAGUGGAGAACCGCGAAAAUUGUGACCCCACGGUCACUACGCCUAUGCCACGUAUUCUCGCAGGUCUCAAGCGCCUGGUAGGGGCUGAAACUGUUGCCGUUCAUGCCGAGGUGCACAAACAACAGUCAUCCGCUGACACUGAACCCUCGGCCUAUUCGAAGGUGUCCUCCGUCCUCGUCAACCCCGACUCCUCUCCAGGAACAUCUGUCCAGUCACGAGACCCUAAUGACAAGCUCUUUCGAGACUUUGAACGUCAUACCCGAGCUGGGGCUACAGACAUAAUCAGCAUUCCGUCAUUCACCCUCGUCACAGCAGUUGACCAGCUGGGUGCCCGCGUACCUACCAAACCAGGACAGGGCGUUACCUAUCAGCUGAAAUUGUCUACUUGCAUUACAGUCCCUGAAUUCCCCCGGGUCCAAACCUACAUUGCGAUUUUCAUUGAUAACUCAGCUUCCAUGUCACCUACAGAUUUUUCUCGUGCCAUUGAAACAGCCGGCCGCCUUUAUGACUCUGCCUCUGCUUUAUACCCGCGACUCUACGUGUUCAACGACCACCCCCGUCAUGUGCGAAUCGAGCACCUUCACGAUACCACACAGUCUACGUCGGCUGAACGAGAUAUCACUGGGGCAGUGAGUGCCAUCUUCGGUGAUGUUCUGGAUGGUUAUGACUUUGAGUCUGAAGUGGGAUCCACGAUGCCUCGCCAUGUCAUAGUUAUCUCUUCAGCAUCGUUGUCUAUAGAUAGCCUGCUCCGCCGAGUUCAACGGCUUCACAUACACACCAUGUGUGUCACCCCUGGAGGCUUCAUUUCCAGAACCCCAUUCCUUGACUCGCCUGGGACAUGUGGCUGGGUGAUGAACACAAGCCCCCAAAGUCUCUCUCUAUUCCCCCUUCUCCUGCAGUGCCUUCAAGUGGGACUGGUCAUAGAGCCGCUCCGAAACCUCAGGGUCUCCUUUGAAAGCAAUGGCUGGGAACCUAUAGAGGAUGAGCUUAUUCCUUGUUUCUACCCUGGCAUGUAUCUGGAACGUACGGUCCAUUACGUGUUGGGUAUGCUUCCGGGGGAUCAUGUCGCGCAGGCACCAGAUGGCAACAACUUGGGGGCUGUGGAGAGCCUCGAAGCAGCUUUGGGCAUAUACCUCAUCCAAACUGGACUACUGACUGUCUCGUACGAAAUGAGUGGAGUGGAGGGGUUGAUACGACGAGAACACCCCUUGUAUACCAAGCGGUUUGAGUUCGACGAUGAACUCGAGCCCAGGGGAACCCAGCCAAGCGAAUGCCACUGA